UCUACACAGGUGUUGAAUCAUACCAAAACAAAGAAUCAAACUGAACAAAGUAUUGAAAGCGUCACAGAUUUAUUACAGAUUUCAUUUUACUUGUAGGACAAACAACAUUUUAUCUAAAGGAUAACUUUAAUGUGAACACUGAAGAUGCAUGAGGCCACGAUCUAUGUAGACAAAUGCGAAAUGGUAGUCAACAGUUACCCAGAACAUGUCCGUAAGCACGUUGUGGAGAUUCUAAAGACCGGAGUCGUACCAGAAGGUAUUCUUGCCACUGACAAUAUCGUGUAUUACUUGGAAGUUGGUUUUAUGUCUCCGCCAUUGAAAACUGCAUGUGAAGACGUCUUACUGAAGCAUAUCAAUGCCAUUAAUUGUGUAGACGCGCUAGAAAUUGCAAGCCGAUUUGGAUUACUUAGUCUGGUGAAAACUGCAACAGAAAUGGUAUAUGAAAACUUUGACAAUCUCUGGAAUACUGAAUCAUUCACACGUCUCAGUGAAGAUGAUCUAGAUACCCUUUGUAAUAUUGAUAAUAUAACUAGACAUAAGGACAUUUUUCGUGCGUUACAGAAAUGGCAUGGCUGCAAUCACGAACCCCGAAUGUCAACGUACUGCAGACUUCUUGAAGUUGUUCAAAGAAGAAGGACUGAAAAUCCCAAACAAGAAAUCAAAAGAAAGUGCGCCACAUAUCACGCGAUGCUUAUGUCGUCUGCUUCAAAAUCAAAAACUGGCGUAGUUACUGCUGUGUUCAACUGCGAUGGAGAAGUCGUCUGUCAUCGCAGUCUUUUCAAAAGUAAUAACAUAAAAGGAGAUUAUUCUGUUACAUGUGUUCAGAAGGACGAAACAGACGCGCCAUAUGUUUAUAUCGCGUCUGGUAAACAUGUCUUCAGGUACGACCCAAUUGUCAACAAGCAUGAAAGCUGUGAAAAUCUAGUUCAUAAUCGAUCUCAAGGUACAUUAGUUUCAAUGGGAGACUGUGUUUAUGCAAUAGGCGGACAUCACAAUUACAAAAAUGUGCACGAAAUUGAAGAACUCGAUACAAAAUCGCACAAAGGAAAACUAUUCAAGAAAAAUGGAUGGAAAGUUAUAGUAAAAAUACCAGACCAUAUAACACUCCGUUCUGCUCCGUGUUUAGCUUACAAAGAUGAAAUUUACAUAAUAGGAGAGUCGAUGUCAUCACCGGAAAAUAAACCGUGCUUAGCCGUUCUUGUUUUCAGUCCAAAUGACAGAUCCAUCCGGGUUAUUGCCGAGUUUCCAAAGAAAUGCUCAGAUUGCAAGGCAAUCCUACAUGACAAAAACAUUUAUAUUGCUUCUAGUGAAGGAUAUUUUCUUAAGUUGGAUAUAGUUUCAAACAUUUUCUCUUCGUGUUCCGACUUGAUCGCGAAGGAAACGAACAUUACAAUGUAUUCUGAUGGAAAUAUGGUUUAUACCGUUGGCAGCUCCUCGUCCGGUCAAUUUGAAAGAAAUUGCUAUGACACUGAAACUAAUAGCUGGAAACGAAUUCUAAAUUACAAUUUCAAUUUACCAGUACAAGGCCUUUGUGACAUUAAAGUGCCCUCUUAUACAAAUGUAGUCCCAUUUUAUGAUACAGAAUUUAAAGAAAUUAAGCGCUAAUGUCAAUGUUGAUCUUCAAUAUAUAUUUCUAUAAUUGUUAUGCAUUUAUACAUUGUUAUUUAUAUUAUGAAUUAAAAAAUAUGAAAAAUUAA